GAGAGGCUGGUUGAUCCAGCAGAACAGUUUUAUUAUAUCUGGCUACAGAUCAUGAUCUUGCCCAUUGUCUACAACUUAGUGAUCAUUAUUCUGAGGACGUGCUUCACUACAAUAGCACUGAGCUACCUGCCUGUGUGGCUCACACUGGACUAUCUGGCAGACUUCAUGUACAUAGUUGACAUGAUCAUCACUGUUCAUACAGGUUACUUGGAACAGGGCAUUCUGGUAAAGGACCUAACUCAACUGAAGAAACACUACCUGCACUCUAAACGUUUCUUAAGGGACCUGGCUUCCCUGCUGCCCACUGACUUCCUCUACUUUGCCUUUGGCAUUCAAACGCCAAUGGUGAGGAUCAACCGCCUUCUGCGCAUGCCACGACUCAACGAGGCCCUGGAUCGCAUGGAGACAAGAACCUCCUACCCCAACACCUUCCGUAUCUCCAAGCUCAUGAUUUACAUCUUUGUGUUGAUCCACUGGAAUGCCUGUCUCUACUUUGCACUAUCCAGCUACAUCGGCUUUGGAAGUGAUCGUUGGGUCUACCCCAACAUCACCAAACCAGAGUUUGCCUCAAUGCGUCGUCAGUACUUUUACUGCUUCUGGUUCUCUGCCCAGAUUUUCACCACAGUAGGAGACACCCCCUUACCAAAAAGGGAAGAGGAGUACUUGUUUAUGAUCGCAGACCUGCUCAUUGCUGUGUUGGUGUUUGCAUCAAUUGUUGGCAAUGUUGGCAAUGUCAUCACAAGCCUUAGGGAUCGUGAUAAUGUCUUCUUUCCUAACCACGAGCUGGUGAAGCAAUACCUGCGCAGCCAUCACAUUAGCAAGGAGCUUAGACAGCGUAUUGACAGCUGGUACCAGCAUCUUCACAUCAACAAGAAGAUCAUGCGAGAGAAUGAAAUUCUGCAGCAGCUUCCCCUACACCUGAGGACGGAGAUUGCUGUCAGUGUUCACCUUCCCACACUCUCCAAAGUUACCAUCUUCCAGAGCUGUGAGAAAAGUCUGCUGGAGGAACUGGUUCUUAAAUUAACACCUCAGGUGUUCAGUCCAGGAGAGUACGUCUGCAGGAAAGGAGAUGUUGGUCAUGAGAUGUACAUCAUCAAAGAGGGAAAACUUGCAGUUGUAGCAGAUGAUGGUGUCACAGAGUUUGCCGUACUGAGUGAAGGGAAUUUCUUUGGGGAAAUUAGCAUCCUCAAUAUCAAAGGUAAUAAGUCAGGGAACCGUCGCACUGCCAACAUCCGAAGCAUCGGCCACUCUGACUUGUUCAGCUUGUCCAAAGAGGACCUGACAGAUGUGCUGUCUGAGUUCCCUGCAGCCAAACGUCACCUGGAGGAGAAAGGCAGACAGAUCCUCACUAAGAUGGGCAUGUUGGAGGAGAGUGGGGAAAGAGAGACCGGGGAGACAGAGAAAAUCGAAACCAAGAUAAAAAGGCUGGAGAGCAACUUGGAAGUGCUGCAAACAAAACUAGCUCGACUUAUGGUGGAGUUAGAAUCCAGCAACCGCAAGAUGCAGGCCAGGGUGGAGCAGCUGGAGUGGGAGGUGGCAGCGCUGGGGCCUCAGGUGCCAGAGGAUGGUGUAGAAGGAGAACAAGCACAGGAUAGAGGUGAAGGAGUGGGAGGGGAGGUUGGAUUAGAGCGAGAAGAAGCAGAGGGAGAGGAAGAGGAGGGUUCAGAUGUGAAGGUAAAAAAACAGGGACAGGGAGAAGACAGUAAUGAGGUGACUAAAGAGGGAGAUGGAGAGAGCACCAAAAGUACCAAAGAGGAUGUGGAAAAGACAGAGAAGGGAGAUAAAUCUGGGAAAGAUCUGGAUGAUGAAGAAAAGAAAAAAGAAGACGGCGGAGAGAAAAACAGAGAGAAAGGAGAUGAGAGACCUGGGAAAGGAGAUGGAGCUGAGAUUGAACCUGAAGAUGAGAAAAAAGAGGAAGGUGGAGAAGAGGGAGGAGAAAAAGCUGAAGAAUACGAGAAGAAGGGGGAAGAGGUGGGGAAGAAAGAUGAAGGGCAGAAAAAAUGA